GCCCAGGGUCAGCCUAAUCCAGGAAAUCCUAAAACAGGGAGAAUGUGGCCCCUCAUGGUCCUCCUGCUCUGGAACCCAUGUGCCAGCACUUCAGGGACAAGGUCCCCACUCAAUGACUUCCAGUCUUUGAGUGCCACCGAGCUGCACCACUCAUCCCACCAAGAGGAGAAUUGGAAGACUGUGAUGGAUGUGGAAGAAUGUGCACAGCACUGUAACCAACACCUGGACUGCCGUGCUUUCCACUUUACCCCAAGGAACCAGGGAUGCCAACUAUUGUCUUGGACCCAACACUCUGAUCAGACCCAGCUCCAGAAGAAUGUGGAGUAUGACCUUUACCAAAAGAAAGAUUAUGUGCGGGAUUGCAUCGUGGACAACGGGAUCAGUUACCGGGGCACUGUUUCAACCACUAUUGACGGCAUCUCCUGUCAACACUGGAGCCACAAAUUCCCAACAGACCACAAGUAUAUUCCAAAUUCCCAAAAUGGCCUGGAGAAGAAUUAUUGUCGUAACCCUGACAGUGACCAGCAGGGCCCCUGGUGUUAUACCACCAACCCCAAAAUCCGAUUUCAGACAUGUGGUAUCAAGACUUGUCAGAAGGCUACCUGCUUCACCUGCAAUGGGGAGGAUUAUCGAGGUUCUCUGGAUUACACAGAGUCAGGUCGGGAGUGUCAGCGCUGGGACCUCCAGUAUCCUCACAGGCAUCCCUACAAUCCCAACAAAUAUCCCGACAAGAACCUAGACGAUAACUACUGUCGAAACCCAGACAGCUCAGAGCGCCCCUGGUGUUACACCACGGACCCACGGCAGGAACGGGAAUUCUGCAGCAUCCCCAGAUGCCGGCAAACUCGGCAACAGCCACGACCCAGGCACACCACCCACAGCUGCUUCAAGGGGAAAGGGGAGAACUAUCGAGGAACGGCCAAUACUACGGCUACGGGCAUCCCCUGCCAGCGCUGGGAUGCCCAGACCCCUCACCAGCACCACUUUUUGCCUGAGAACUAUGAAUGCAAGGACUUACGGGAAAAUUUCUGUCGGAAUCCAGAUGGUUCAGAGGCCCCGUGGUGCUUCACUUCUCGGCCUGGCAUGCGAGUGGCCUUCUGUUUCCAAAUCAAGCGCUGUCCCGAUGACAUCAAGGUAGAAGAGUGUUACUAUGAAAAUGGGGAGCAGUACCGGGGCUCUGUUAGUAAGACCCGGAAAGGGAUUAUCUGCCAGCACUGGUCCCAGGAGACACCUCACAAGCCUCAGUUCACGCCUACCACCCAUCCACAGUUGGAAGAGAAUUUCUGUCGGAACCCAGAUGGAGAUAGAUAUGGUCCCUGGUGUUACACUAUGGAUCCUGGAACCCCAUUUGACUACUGUGCCCUCAAGCCCUGCAGUAAUGAUCCAAAGACAUCCAUCCUGGCAACCUCAGACCCGGUGCUCUUUCAGGAGUGUGGCAAGAGGGAGGAGAGGAGAUCUAGGCUGUUGCGGGUUGUGGGGGGCCAUCCUGGCAACUCGCCCUGGACCGUCAGCCUGAGGAACCGGCAAGGCCAGCACUUCUGUGGUGGGUCUCUGGUGAAGGACCAGUGGGUGGUCUCAGCUCUCCAGUGCUUCCCAUCCUGUCAUGCCUCCCUCACUGGCUACGAGGCCUGGCUGGGCACACUUUAUAAGAACCCUCAGCCUAGUGAUCCUGGACUACAGAAGAUUCCCCUGAUGAAGAUGGUGUGUGGUCCUCCAGGCUCCCAGCUCAUCAUGAUCAAACUAGAAAGACCUGCAGUGCUUAACAACCGUGUGGCCCUUAUUUGUCUACCCCCUGAAAGCUACAUGGUGCCAGAUAAAACCCAGUGUGAGAUUGCUGGCUGGGGAGAGACCAAUGGAACUGGCAACGACACAGUCUUGAAUGUAGCCAAGCUUCGAGUCAUCACCAAUGAAGAGUGCAAUAUCAAGCAUCGGGGCAAAGUGAAAAAGAAUGAAUUGUGUACCAUGAGCCCCAUGGUCCCAGCAGGGGCCUGUGAGGGGGACUAUGGAGGCCCACUGGCCUGCUACACGCAUGACUGUUGGGUCUUGGAUGGAAUCAUAAUCCCAAACCGUGUCUGUGCCCGCCCCGGAUGGCCAGCUAUCUUCCUGCGGAUCUCCAUGUACGUUGACUGGAUAAACAAAGUCAUAAAGCUGAGCUGAUGGAGGAGAGGAAACGGCCUCUCUGGUGUCCCACCACCAUGUUGGCCUUUCUUGUCUCUACCUAUCUUGGGCUCUUCUUAACUGGUCCUUCCCCGAGCCAGGUUUUCUGGCUUCCUGCCAGAUGCAGCUCCAACAGCACCUUCUCCAGGAGGCCUAUCCUGGGGUUUCCAGCUGUCGAGGCCACCCCUUGAAGGUUACCUUCCACCUACUCUGUAUGUAUAUUCUGGUUGGCAUAUGUUGCCCACCCUGUUGGAGUGUAAGCUCCAGGAGGGGAGGGACAGUUUUUGCUUACUUUAUAUCUCCUGGCUUAGGACAGUGCCUGUUAUAUAGGAAGCACUUAAUAAAUGCUUGCCGAG